AUGACUGUAAGGGAUAAUUCAAAUUCAUCGAAAAACAAUUCCGAAACUACGAGUAACGUAGAAAAAAUGGACUGUGACCAAGAUGACCAGAGUAUGCUCUUGGCAAUGGUAAUAAAUAUACCGACACCUCCUGGCCCACAAUGUUACUGUAUGAUGCCGCGUGAUUAUAGCAGACCGGAUUUUCAGUGUAGCGUCUGUUAUAAGUGGUUUCACCUGGAAUGUAUUGCUUUCAACAUAGGGAAAGCUUUGCCAUUUCUUACUGCAUACCACUUCAUGUGCAAAAAGUGCAAUGCUAUCGGAGAGGAGGUUUUUUCUAGGAAGCAGGCUAAUUUUACCGUCAUGUGUCAAACAGCUUUGGCAAAUCUAAUGCUGAGGCAUGGCGGUCGUUUAUACUUUAUGGAAUCUAAGGAACUCAUACCUUUUCUUGAGGAGUGUUGGGAAGAACUCACAACACAGCCAAGGAAGUCCAAUAAUUCAUGGUAUCCGAACAUCCAUAAAACUUUGACUAGUAGUGAUGUUUUCAAAACUGUAGAAACGCCAGACGAUCUCUACGUGUGCUUAUCAAAUACGGACCUCACAAAAAUUGGUCCGAGUUAUGAUCGAUUUCGUGCUCUUACAAGCCAGUUGCGGACAAAUAUUACUAAACUGGGUGUCCCGUCCGCAAACAUUCCCGCCAGUGUGUCUCAAAAUCAGUCUUCGGUGUCGGGUGCUGUUUCCGAUACUGCAGAUCAGUUCCUGCAUCAUUCGUCAGCUGGCAACCAGUUUCCUUUUAGUGGUGAAAUUGAUGGUGUGGAUCAACCUGCUUGGCGUAAACGCAGAUCUCCGGGUAAUAGUUUAUUCAGUGGAAUGGGUAGUUUUUCUGUAUCAUCUUUUAUGCCUGGCACGUCUUCAGAAGGCAAAAUUUCGGGGAGUAUGUCUAAUACUGAAGUUUCAACGUUCCCUGGUAUGAGAGCUUCUGCGUCAUCCAAUGAAGUAAACAAUGCUUCUCCAAGUGGCUUGGUGCGUUCAACUCGCCGAGCCACUUUAACGUCUGUUCUUGGUGGGACUACUGCACUGAGUGGAGCUGCAGUUUCUGAUGAAGGACGUGUAAAGUUGAAUGCUUUGGGGUUUCCAAUAGAUCAUGCGCUAAAUAGAGAAGGAUAUCGUUACAUUUUAGUUGAACCAGACAAGCAUGCUCCUGGUCGAGAGCAGUGGGAUGAAUGUGAGUUCACAGCUGGAAAGCCCAUACCUGGCUUAUUCUACCGUGUGUUUAUAUGUUCGCAAGUGGUCUUGUCUCUGAGUGAUCGUGCGAAUCACUUGAAAGUACACGAAUCUCAGUUAUCAGUUACUGGCGAUAAAGGAUACUGUAUGUCUAGAGCGACUCACAGCGUUCACUCGGGUACCUGGUAUUUUGAAGCAAUCAUCACAGAACAACCAGAAGGUUCUGCAACUCGAAUUGGCUGGUCUCAAAUGUAUGGUAAUUUACAAGCACCUUGUGGUUUUGACAAAUUUAGCUAUUCCUGGCGAUCACGUCUUGGUACUGUAUUUCAUGAAUCUCACGGUAAACAUUAUACGAAUGGUGGAUAUAAAAAGGAUGAUGUCAUCGGCUGUUUAAUACAUUUGCCGUCAACAGUUGGCCCUUUCACACCGAUAGAAAAUCAAGCUUCAAAAUCUUCCACACCUCAAUUGAUGAAUACAUUUUCUCCCAUGAUGGAUGACGUUCAUUCUAGCAUAAGUGGUACGCUGAACUCAACAGAUUCAAGGAAAUGUAAUAAUAAUUCACAUGCACCUACUUUUCUUCCUGAAACUUACAAAGACCGUCCUUUGAUCAGGUUUCGGAGUUCCUUCUACUUUGAAGAAAAAGAUGAUCCAAGUAAAGCCGAAAAAUCACUGCGUCCACUACCGAAUAGUAAGGACUCUGAAGACUGUCAGUCAGUAGGACGAGUGGCAUCCCAUUGGGCCAUAUUGUUGACACCGUCAUUGAUGAUAGGCACCUGAUGUCAUGCAACAAAUUUGCUAGAGGAAUUUUUUCACUUUACCCGCAGCUCUAACCUUGUGUCUCCUCAGGUAAAACGUCUAAGUAUAAAAAUUCCACUAUAUAUUCCACUUCAUAUUUGGCACGUACUUUAUGUGAUAAAAAUAGUGUUAGGCACGAACCAACUAGCCUUCUUUGCACUACACUACAUAAACCAUUUCCUCCACCCUUACAAUAUCAACUUUUAUUGUUAUUGUACUUCUUAUAUUUAUAAUUCUCUCGAUUUUUUCCCUCAUAAGUGUGAACGUCGUUUACCUGUGGUAUAACUGUUAAUCUUGUAUUUCCCCUCACCAUGCUGCUAUAUCAACAGAACAUGCUAAAAUUUUCAAAUUGAAUCAACAAUACUGUUUGAAACAAACUCACUGUUAUUAUUAUUAUUAUUAUAUUUACUAUUCUCACUUAGGACUUCGAAUGUUUUUGACUUUAUAUUGUAAACGUGGACAAAUUCCUAUGGUUAAUUUUGUUUUAAUUUUUAAUUUUAUUUAUAUUUUGAGUUAAUCAGAUGCAAUAUUGUUACAGAUGCUGAGAAUUCCAUUCUGUAUUAUAAGUACUGUUUUUGGAAUAAAGUCUGUCUGUCUGUCUGUCUGUUUUCGACAUAGAACUUUGCACAAAUGUGCGGAAGUUCAAGUCGCCACAUUCCGUGUAGCACGCGAAGCAAGAGAAGAAAGUACAAGAAAAGCAUAAUAGAAACAGUGAGCAGAGGUGUGAGACAAAGGAGUAAUAAAGAAAUACAAAACAGUUUCAUUGAAGAUCAUAAGUCACAGGGAGUGGAUGCAUCUGCGCCACUGUGAACGGUUUUGAGCCAUGUCACCAAUUGUUUCCAACCAUAGAUU